AUGGCGAAAAGAGCUCCAGGGCGCGCGCUUCUCCAAAAGGGUAAACCUUCUUCUCUCUAUUCUCUGUUUGGGCUCGUCUUUUUCAGAAGCCAGUUUUACUCUUUUGCUGUCAAUCGUUGUCAUACUGUUAGUGUUAAGGAAACCAUUGAUUUGGAGGAUUUGGUAAAAACGCGUUGUAAAUUUGGUAAUCUUGGGUUAGAUGAAGCACUGGGUCUCUUCGAUUCCAUGCUGGCUUGUGUUGGCUUACACCCGGAAGUCGAUACACUGAAUACAAUUGCUUGUGCCCCCGAUGCUUAUACUUUGAAUGCUUUGCUUCGUGGGGUUUGCAAGUAUAGGUCGCUCUCUGAGGCAAUGGAGUUACUCCGGAAAAUAGAAGAGAAAGGAUUAGCAUGCUGUGAAAUCACUUACGCUACUAUAAUUAAUGGGUUGUGCAGAGCUGGGAAAACAUGUAUGGCGCUUGAGAUACUCGAGCAAAUGUAUGAAGAUGGAAGGUUUAAGCCUGUUCCUCAAUGCUAUAAUCCAAUCAUUGACCGCUUAUGCAAAGAAAGCAGAAUAGAUGAGGCUAUGACCCUAUUUCGAGAUAUGAUCAACAAAAGUGUUGCGCCAAAUAUCAUCAGUUACACUUGA